AUGGUGAGGAAAAGCGCCCAGGUCAUUAUCAAUGCAAUAGUGUCCGACUUACUAGCAAAAUUACGUGGAGCAGCACACUGCCAAACAAAUGGUUGUGAGUUCUAUCAGUUUGUAAGGCAGAAUGUUCUUCUUGCUAAUUUGAUAGAAGAUAAGAUAGAGGCAGAAGGCAAGGCGCAGACAGAAGAUAAGGUAGAGACAGACGGCAAGGUGCAGACAGAAGAUAAGAUAAAAGUAGAGACAGAAGGCAAGGCGCAGACAGAAGAUAAGGUAGAGACAAAAGGUAAGGUGGAGACAGAAGCUAAGGUAGAGACAGAAGGCAAGGUGCAGACAGAAGAUAAGUUAGAGACAGAAGGCAGGGUACAGACAGAAGAUAAGGUAGAGACAAAAGGUAAGGUGGAGACAGAAGAUAAGGUAGAGACAGAAGAUAAGGUAGAGGCAGAAGGUAAGGUGGAGACAGAAAAUAAGGUAGAGACAGAAGGCAAGGUGCAGACAGAAGAUAAGGUAGAGACAGAAGGUAAGGUGCAGACAGAAGAUAAGGUAGAGACAAAAGGUAAGGUGCAGACAGAAGAUAAGGUAGAGACAGAAGGUAAGGUGCAGACAGAAGAUAAGGUAGAGACAGAAGGUAAGGUGCAGACAGAAGAUAAGGUAGAGGCAGAAGAGACAGAAGGCAAGGCGCAGACAGAAGAUAAGGUAGAGGCAGAAGGUAAGGUGGAGACAGAAAAUAAGGUAGAGACAGAAGGCAAGGUGCAGACAGAAGAUAAGGUAGAGACAGAAGGCAAGGCGCAGACAGAAGAUAAGGUAGAGACAGAAGGCAGGGUGCAGACAGAAGAUAAGGUAGAGGCAGAAGGCAAGGCGCAGACAGAAGAUAAGGUAGAGACAGAAGGCAGGGUGCAGACAGAAGAUAAGGAAGAGACAGAAAGCAGGGUACAGACAGAAGAUAAGGUAGAGACAGAAGGUAAGGUGGAGACAGAAGAUAAGGUAGAGACAGAAGGUAAGGUGCAGACAGAAGAUAAAGUAGAGACAGAAGGCAAGACGCAGACAGAAGAUAAGGUAGAGGCAGAAGGUAAGGUGGAGACAGAAAAUAAGGUAGAGACAGAAGGCAAGGUGCAGACAGAAGAUAAGGUAGACACAGAAGGCAAGGCGCAGACAGAAGAUAAGGUAGAGACAGAAGGCAAGGUGCAGACAGAAGAUAAGAUAGAGGCAGAAGGCAAGGCGCAGACAGAAGAUAAGGUAGAGACAGAAGGCAAGGUGCAGACAGACGAUAAGGUAGAGACAGAAGGCAAGGUGGAGACAGAAGAUAAGGCAGAGACAGAAGGUAAGGUGGAGACAGAAGAUAAGGUAGAGACAGAAGGCAAGAUUGAGACAGAGAAUAAGGUAGAGACAGAAGGCAAGGUAAAGACAGAAGAUAAGGUAGAGUCAGAAGGCAAGGUACAAACAGAAGAUAAGGUAGAGACAGAAGGUAAGGCGCAGACAGAAGAUAAGAGAGAGACAGAAGGCAAGGUGGAGACUGAAGAUAAGGUACAGACAGGAAAGGUAGAGACAAAAGGCAAUGUGGAGGCAGAAUAUUAG